AACGGACCCUUUCGAGUCAAUUCAGACGGAAAGACAUUGGCAUUGAACCCGAGCUCUUGGAAUUCAGUGGCAAAUAUGGUUUACUUUGAAUCACCCGUUAGUGUCGGCUUCAGCUAUAAAGAAGACAAACAAUACCACAAUAACGAUAAGUCGACAGCAGUUGACAAUCAUUUAGCUCUCGAAGCGUUUUUCAAGAAAUACCCAAACCUUAAGAAGAACCCGUUUUACAUAACCGGCGAGAGUUAUGCCGGUAUUUAUAUACCAAUGUUAGCGCACGAAAUAUUUAGCAACAAUUCAACUAUCAAUUUGAAAGGUGUAGCGAUUGGGAACGGAGUGUUAGGUCCGGCACCACUCACUGACAUGUCUACCAUUGACUUGAGUUUGUCUCACGGAUGGGUUACCGUCGAGUCUUACACCAAAAAGAUUGAGAAUUGCUGUGAAUGUAAGACCGGAGAUGUGAGACAUGAAUGCGAUUUCUAUCAUCCAGCAAACAGCACUAAAUGCAAUUCGGUUCGACUCGAAGAAGUUUAUAAUCCCAACCCAUACAACCAAUACGACGAUUGUGGUGCAGAUGUCGCUUAUUUGAGGCUUUAUAACAAAUACUUCGCAAAGCGGGCCAACACUGUGGCCAUCAGUGAAGAGCGUAACUUAGUUUGUCCUCCGGUUGGAUACGAUAAGUGGAUUAAUAUUCCCGAAGUUCGUAACGCAUUGCACGUGAGGCCUGAGGACACUCACCAUUGGUACGACUGCGGCGGCUCUUACUCUGGACGAGACACCGAUCAGCGACCGAUUAUACUUGAUUUGAUUGAUAAAUACCAUAUUGAAAAACUGGUCAUUUUCAACGGCAACUUUGACACCGUUUGCGAUUUCAUUGAUAAUCAACGGUUUGUCGAUAGUCUAAAGUUUAAGAAAAUUGGACAAUAUAGUGGUUGGCGAACAACUGAUGGAACUUUGGCUGGUUUUGCCCAGAAAUACGAGAAGAACCUAAGCUUUGUGUUGGUUCGCGGGGCCGGACAUAUGGUCCCACACGACAAACCCGAGUCCGCACUACAGUUACUAAAGAAUCAAUAUCACGAGAUUAAGGAUCUUCCGGAUCUUUCGGAUCCAAUAAAUUUCAAACAAUAUUCCGGUUAUUUAGAUAUCGGCGACGGAAAGCAUUACUUCUAUUGGUUGGCUGAGAGUCAGACGGCGCCAGAGAGCGCACCGGUAGUGUUGUGGUUGAAUGGAGGGCCCGGUUGUAGUUCACUGUUUGGAAACCUGGGAGAGAACGGACCCUUUCGA